CUUUGCUUGCAAGCCAUAUUGCGUUUACGACACCACUCACUUAGAGAAGCGCUUUAGUUCGCUACAACAUUUAAAAACAGUGGGCAAGCAUGCGCCUGCACUAUCACAUCCAGCCCCUAACAUUGGCAGGUCCGAUCCCGAGUUCACACUUUGGUGAAGCAAACGCAGGUACAGCUACUUCUCACUCCCUCUGACCAACGCUUUAUGGACAACAUCCAGUGGUCAUAGCGACCGUUCAUUUCGUUCCACUACGAGCUUCUUAUGCCACCUCUUCAUCCAUAUAAUCUCAACAUCCACGUUCUUGAGUCGAAGAAUCUUUCCAAAUGUGCUAUUACCACGCUUACACUCACCGCUGCGGCCAUACCGAGAUGGUCUUCCAAUCAUUCUGCACACGUGGCCAGCUGAAACAGAAGAAGUGUCCACGGGGCGAAGAAGGAAAGAUUUUGACAGAUGUCAAACUUGAGUAUUCCUGUGCUGGAUGUCCGGGCCCUAAGAAGGUAGGCGCCAUUCUUCGCGAAAUCACGAGAUUUCGGAUACGAGGCUAACAAAAACCAAGUGAGAUGCUUCGGGCGAGAAGCAGACGCUCGAAGUCCGAAUUCAGCAUGUUCGGUACGGAGAGGGGUCGGCUUGUUGGCAUUUAUUGGUUUGGAAAUUGAUGCGGGAAUGAUGUUUGAGGUCUCAGGGUUUCUUUUCUGCUUUCCCCGUUUCUACUUUUUGGGCUCAGCCUUUCUAAUGUUUUCCUUCACCUCCAAGAAUUCAAAUAGAUCGCAUGCUUUAAGAAAUAUAUCACUGAACUCAAAGUCUCAGUGAG